AUCCCUGGACAGGUAAGUGUCCUUAUAUUAACCCUGGGUUCACAUCUGUGCAGGUGGUGCCGCUGCAGAUCCACACGAAAAUCCAUGCAGCUGCACCACCCGCACAGAGAAAUGCGGACCCAUGGGCGCGUGCCAUUAGUUCUAAUGGCACACCGCCUGCACUGGAAAACGCAACCGUACUGGGAACCGAGGUGCGGGUUGCGUUUUCCAAAGAAGUGCAGGGACUUCUUUACCUGCGUGUCAUGGGCACGGGAGUCCAUUCAAAUGAAUGGGUUCUCGUGCCCAGGGGUGGACUGACCAUUUGGAAACUC